AUGAAAUUGGAAUACGAUACAAAUCCGUUCAAGCGACCGAUGAAUGCGUUACAAAAACAAUGGUACCGCGUACUUAUCGCCCGACGUGUUGGCUACGGGCCGCCGCUAUCCUCGAGCAAUGCCAACCAAACGCAAACCUAUCAGCAAGUUUGCCAACGGCGCUACAUGGACGCAUUCCGCCGUUACAAUGCACAGUUCCGUAAGGAAGUGCAACAGCACGAACUCAUGCAGCCGACUGCCAUCGAUGCGAUGCGUGUUCACAGGACCUUCGCCAUUACAACACUUUGGCCGCCCUUGCACUCGAAACGUGAAAUAAAUCUGACACUGGAACAAUUGGAGAAUGUUUUGAGUGUCAAAGAAAGGUGGCGUUUGGAGGAGAUACUCAAGCGUGAAACGAAGCACAGAUAA